AUGCGCUUCCUCGUUAGCCUCCUCACCGCCCUUUUCUUCUUGGUCGGUUCGCAAAUGGUUCUCGCGGAGGAAACCGUCACGUCGACAAAGACCACCACUCAAACCCUGACAAUGACGAUUAUCCGUUCCGUCGGCUCGUCUGCGACCGAAGCCUCAACCAUCAUCAACACCACGCCCAGUGCCACGGCUACCGAUGGAUCCGCUCAGUCAAGCGCCGCAGUCAGCACCAGUGCGCCCCCUGAGGCAACGGGCAACGCAGCGGCCGCCACUUUACCGAAUGGUCUGCCGGCGAUGGCUAUGGCCGGCACGUUCGCCGCCCUCCUAGGCGCUCUGCUAUAA